GUCAGACAAAAAUGACGUACAAGGAUGCUACAUAACUCUCAACUUUCCGAUUUGAUUUCACAUAAAAUUUGUUAAGAGUAUAAGUAGGAUGGUUAAGUAUUCAUAAGCAGAUUUUUCAGAGGUGGUCAAGUCACUAAGUACAGGGAUGCUGUCUCGCUUGUUCAGGGCCCAUGGGCAGUUUUGUGCCUCACAUCCCUGGGAGGUCAUCAUUGGCACCAUCACCAUUACAUUAUGUCUGAUGUCUAUGAGCAUGUUCACAGGGGAUGAUCGUGUCUGUGGCUGGAACUAUGUCUGCCCACAGGAACAGCAGGAUGUCAAAAGCUCGGACAUUAUUAUAUUGGCCAUCACUCGCUGCUUGGCUGUCAUGUACAUUUACCUUCAGUUUAGAAAUCUCAGAAAAUUAGGAUCAAAAUAUGUUUUAGGAAUAUCUGGUGUCUUCACAAUAUUUUCCAGUUUUGUGUUCAGCACAGCUGUUGUCAACCUACUGGGCAAUGACUUGACUGGACUCAAUGAAGCCCUGCCCUUCUUCCUUCUUCUUAUUGACCUAUCUAAAGCCAGUGCUCUUGCUAGAUUUGCCCUCAGCUCUAAAUCACAGGAUGAGGUGAAGGACAAUAUAGCAAGGGGAAUGGCUAUAAUAGGCCCUGUGAUAACACUGGAUGCCCUGGUGGAAACUCUAGUCAUUGGUGUAGGAACUCUCUCUGGUGUCCCCCAGUUGGAAACAAUGUGUUGUUUUGGGUGUUUGUCUGUGAUUGCUAAUUACCUGGCCUUCAUGACCUUCUACCCAGCAUGUUUGACCUUGGUGCUUGAGAUGUCCCAGGGUAAGAAGCAAGGACGUCCCAUCUGGCAGCUCACCCAGGUAGUGGAGGAAGAUGAGCCAGAACCUAACCCAGUCACGCAGAGGGUCAAGGUCAUUAUGUCUGCAGGCCUGGUCCUGGUACACGCACAUAGCAGAUGGAUUACUGCAGCUGGUCAUGGUGUAGAGGCGGCUAACCCUCUCAGUUCCCUCAAAGUUGCCAAAGACAUUGGUCUGCAGAAAAUAACACCGGAGUCUUCCCUCUGGCACUUCUAUAUCACACGCCUGCUCUCGGUGAAUGUUGAUUACACCAUCACUAUAGGACUGGCAGCCAUGUUAGCCAUUAAGUACAUCUUUUUUGACAAUGACAUGGACAGUGAUGUGCUUGCCCAGUCUUUGGAUCGUUCAGCCACCAAGGAGAAGGGAGACAGCAAGCACCUGUCGUAUCGCCCUAACAACCCCUGUGCCCCACAACUUGCCUGUAGCCCCAUGCCCAAGGCUGAAGCUAAAAUUGAGCCAAUUAUUGAGCCUAUUAUUGAGCCGAAGGAGGCCUCACCACCAGAGUAUGUGAGGAAAGACUCUGUGGACCAUCACGCCUCCUUCAUGAUCGGAGAUGAUGACAGCUCCGAUGAAGAUCUGUCAACACCCAAAGAAAUGGAGUCCAAGGAAACCCAGACAGACUUUGAUGUGCAUGCCCUAGAGCCCCUGCAGCCCUUGGAAACAGAAGCAGAGCCCAGACCACUUGAUGAAUGUGUGGCCAUCCUCAAGUCGGAUGAUGGGCCUAAAAUAUUGAACGACAAAGAAAUUAUUCAGCUGGUGGAGAAGAAACACAUCCCUUCCUACAAGCUGGAGAGUAUGUUAGAGAACCACGAGAGGGGCGUGGCUAUUCGUCGCAAGAUGGUGUCCCGUCACCUGCCCUGUAUGGAAGCCCUGGAAAAGCUGCCUUACAUGAACUAUGAUUACACCUAUGUUGAAGGAGCAUGUUGUGAGAAUGUGAUUGGUUACAUCCCAGUUCCUGUGGGGGUAGCAGGACCUCUGUUACUAAACGGGGAGACGUACCAGGUGCCAAUGGCUACAACAGAGGGCUGUUUGGUGGCCAGUACAAACAGAGGAUGUCGUGCCAUCUCACAAAGUGGAGGUGCAACAGCGAUGGUGAUUGCUGACGGAAUGACGAGAGGGCCGGUGGUCAAAUUUCCCACUGCUAAAAGAGCGAGCGAAGUCAAAAGUUGGCUUGAGGUGCCAGAAAACACUGACCAGGUCAAGGAAGCUUUCAGCACAACAAGCAGAUUUGCACGAUUACAGAGAUUACAAGUAGCACAGGCCGGCCGACAUCUUUUUAUCAGAUUUGUGUCUACCACAGGAGAUGCCAUGGGCAUGAAUAUGUUGUCAAAGGGUUCAGAAAAGUCUCUUGAGUUUUUGGUUCGAGUCUUCCCAGAUAUGGAAAUUGUCAGCCUGAGUGGCAACUUUUGCACAGAUAAAAAACCUGCGGCUAUCAACUGGGUAAAUGGACGAGGAAAGUCUGUUGUGUGUGAAGCAGUCAUUCCGGAGAACAUAGUGCGUAACCUGCUGAAGACUUCAGUCUCUGCCCUAGUUGAGCUGAACAUCAGUAAGAACCUUGUGGGCUCAGCAGUAGCCGGCAGUAUCGGAGGCUUCAAUGCACAUGCUGCUAACAUCGUCACAGCCAUCUACAUCGCUACAGGACAGGACCCUGCCCAGAACAUAGCCAGUUCUAAUUGCCUCACCCUGAUGGAAGCCACCGGCCCCACCCACAGUGACUUGUACAUCAGCUGUACAAUGCCCUCUAUAGAACUGGGCACAGUGGGCGGGGGUACCGUCCUCCCACCUCAGUCUUCUUGCCUAGAGAUGUUGGGUGUCAAGGGUGCAUGUAGAGAAGAACCAGGGGCUAAUGCCAGGAGACUAGCCACGAUCAUCUGUGCUACUGUCCUGGCAGGUGAACUCUCCCUCAUGUCCGCUCUGGCCGCGGGUCAUCUGGUGAAGAGUCAUAUGAAGCAUAAUAGGUCCAGUUUAAACAUGGCUCCAAGUUUAACCAGCAUGCCAAGUAUACAGGAAAACGUACAGAAAGAGAUUCAGCCAGGAGCCUGUACCAACAAAGCAGCUUAAAAUGUCUCCUUAUAUGGACAGCCUGGUUCCUGUAACAACAAGCAGUUAUAUUAUUACCUGUAAACCAGGUGUAGGCAGCUAGACACCUGCGUAAACAAUACAGCUGAAACAUCAUCAGAUGCUGAGAGAUAUUAAUUUGCAGCCAAGACAAUACAUCAGUGGAACAGUCUGCAAAGCAUAAGAACUGAAGAAAGUUUCCAAAGCUACACAAAUUUGCAGAAACCAUCUGGAGAUGUUAAUCUAGAUUGCUAUGAGUCAUUUUUACCAAAGACAAUUAAUUAUUAAGGAUACACAUGUACCAGGACAAUUCAUCAAAGCUAUAUUCCAGUGUAAUUUUUUUGUUUUAUUUAUUGAAUAUUGGAGUCUUGGGAGUUCUGAGGUAGCAGAGAGAAACAUCUUGUGUAAUAUUAAACAUUUUUUUACUCCAUAGGUGCUCAAAAAUGAUGUUGAUGUUGAAUGACCAAAAACAAAUACUGUAGUGUGUGAGGUAUUUAGCAGAACAAAUUGUGAUGCACAUAUUAGUGAUUUUUCUUACUUUUUCACCCAACUUUCUAUAACUUUGAAUCAGCUGUUGGUAACAAAUACGAAGUAAUGAAAAGUGCAUUUUGGUGAAAGAAUGAGUAAUAUAUUGACAGAAAAACAAUGCUACACUUCAAUUUUUAAGCCACAUUUCUUGUUUUUUUUUUUUUUCCCUCAAUAAAUUAUUUGUUAUGUAUGUAGGGUUUAAGAAUGUUCCUUUUUUGCUGUUAAUUGUUUAUGUGUUUUAAUUAUUCAUACUAACAUGGAUGUAGUAUUUAUUUCUCAUUUAUUUGUAAGAAUAGUAAUCAAUGUAAACCUCAAGUUCCCUAACAGUGAAAACUGUUGAAGAGAUAGAUUAUCCACCUUUCCUCAGUUAAAAGCGUGAAUUAUUUAUGCACUAGGGAAAAUAGAAACCAUGUGAUGAAGAAUUCCUGAAAUUCUAAGACAGUUGCUCUUGCUGGAUAUUCAUACUGAAGUCUGAAUAUCCAGCAAUAUUCAGUAUGGUUAUUCAUAUUUAUUUGUGUGCACGUUGAUCAGUGCCUGGACAGAAGUUCUGAUCUGUACGGUUUGGGGUCAGAGUUCAUGAUGUAUGAUGGGCAUUGUCAUAUAGAGGAAGUUAAAUCUAUCAUGGUUAAAGAUAAAUUCUGUGUAUCUGCCCACUGCCUUCAAUAUCUGUGAUCAUUUUACAGAAUUUCCCUUUUACAAACCCCUAGCGUAUUUGUAAUAUAUUCAGGUAUGUGAAUUUUCCUCCAAUUGGCUUAUUUCAUACUACUUCAAACAGAAUGUGAAAAAGAAGUGAAAUUUGGAGAUUGGCUAAGACAUUUUCUUAAAGACCUUUUUCUGACCAUCAGUUUACAUGCCUGUAUAUUCAUUUAGAAUGUGUAUGCAAAAAGUAAAGCAGGGAAAGAGACAUCUAUAGAGCUUCCAUGUCACCUUACUUGUACCUGGAGUUUGAAAUGAAGUGUACCUGGCCGAAUGAAUGUGGAGGAUCUAUUCAAUGUACGCGUUAUUAUCAACCGUUUAUUGAAAAUUCUGCCAUCUUCUUUCAAUACAUAGACACUUGAUGGUAAGUGAAGGAUUUUUGGGGGUGAAAGAAACUUAAUCUAACUAGAUUGAAGGUUUAUGAUGAAAUUUGAGGCUUUUUUUUUUUUUUCUGAAGAUGGGUAUCCCAACAUUUCAAACUUCCACCAAAAUGGCACAAACUUCAGAAAUCCACAAAGGUUUACAUGAAAACCUGCUUUUUUCCAAGUUUUUUUAGAACCAUGUAUUUCUGCUAGUGGCAAUAUUGAGCAUUUAUAUGAAGAUGUACAAUUGGUUAUAUUUAUGUUGUGUGAAGUGUACAUGUGCCUCUAAGUACAUCCCGGUGAAUGCAGAUUGUAUUAGUAGUGAUAGGUUACCAGGCUAUAACUGGGCAUUGUAGCAAGAACGUCAUGGAAUUGCGAUCGCUGAGUAAUUGUGUCACUUUCAGUAGUAAAAGAAACAAUGUUGUAAUGGAAAAUAUAUUUACAGUAUGUGAGAAUUGAGCAUAGCUUGUAUAUCAUAGGAUUUCAAGCUUCAAAAACUAGCAAGGUUUUUGCACAGGUUUCAUGAAGCACACCAAGGUGAGUAAGCCCUUAACUACCAUGACAACAUAUGUCGUAGAGAUAUGAAGUGCUCUUAGCUAAGGGCUACUUAACACUAAGUAUGCUUCCUGAAACUGACCCCUGACCCCGGGAUCAUGAAGCUAUCUUAGACUUAAGUCAAAAUUUCGAAUCACUUUAGAAUGGUGGUUUCUUAAAUUACAAGGUAAAAAAUUCGCCUGACAAUUUAAAUUCUAGCAAAGUUAGCAUACAACAAAUUUCAGCUAAAAUACCGAAAGGGGCAUACCAGAUUUAAUGAUUGAAGUUUUGACUGAAGUCUAAGAUCACCACAUGAUCCCUGUGCCAGGUGUUACUCUGGUAUAAUUUUGAACACUUUUGAUGCAAGAGGAUAUGAUCAAGUCUUGUUGCAAUUAGUGCUGUCGCAACACCGAGCACUUGCUGCUUGCUAGCAAAUGUGACUCCUUAGGCAGAAAACCUUUUAAUAGUUUGCCGUGUUGUUAUUUUUGAGUAGUGAAAACUUUUUCGCUUUAGAUACACCUUGGACCCUGCCCCCCUUGGGCCUGGUUUCACAAAGCACUCUUAAUGUUAUGUUCACUUAACCACCACCCUUACAGGAGGCAUUACCUUGUCAUGGUAGUCAUAGUAACGUCAAGAGAGCUUUUUGAAACUGGGCCCUGAAGCUGUUUAGUCUAAAGAUCACAAAGUGAGAUUUCUGCUGUCCAGUCUAAUAUAAAGAGCUCAGUCUGGUGUUAACUUUAUAGUUCAAGUAUUACCAACCACCAUAAUUUAAUUUUAUUUGGCUGUCACAUAUAUUUAAAUUUUGAAUUCUUGGUUGUAAAAUUGGAUAAAACUUGAUUAUUCUGGACAAAAUAAAUGAACU